UGGUGACAGGUGGGCCAACAAACAAAUAUAUAAAUAUGAUGUUUCAGUAAUGAGCUUUAGUUGAAAUUGAACUUUUUUGGUAGUGACUUAAACCCUUUAUAAUUUAACACAAUGAGGUGCAUAAUCAUGAUUGAAAUCUUUGCGGCAGCUCUUGUUUUAUCUACCAGUGCGAGUCUUAUCCGAGACAAAAGACGUGACCUGGUAGUAGUAUGCGCAUGUCAAGAUAUAUACCAGCCUGUAUGCGGUGCCGACGGUGAGACUUACGGAAAUCCAUGUGAACUCCAAUGCGCUAACGUAGAGAAAGCAUCCGACGGUGAAUGCCCGAAUGCACGAAAGAAACGCUCAGAUGAAGGUUGUGUGUGUAAUCUGAUACACGAGCCAGUUUGUGGUGAAGAUGGCAAGACGUACGGUAAUAAAUGUAUGAUGGAAUGCGCAGGCAAAACUCUGAAAUAUGAGGGAGAGUGCACUAAGGACUGUGCCUGUAACUUUGAUUGGUGGCCCGUAUGUGGAAAGGAUGGUAAAACGUAUGGCAACAUGUGUGCAAUGGAAUGCGCUGAUGUAGAAAUCGAUUUUGAGGGACCAUGUGAGAAUACCCGUAAAAAACGUUCCGAUGAUGGCUGUCUAUGCACGAUGGAAGAAGACCCCGUGUGUGGAAAAGAUGGAAACACAUAUGGUAACAGGUGUAUGAUGGACUGCGAGGGAGUCGAGAUGGAACAUAAAGGAAACUGUUGAUUCACAGAGGUUUAUUCAUUUUGGAGUAUCAUGUGACAUAACAGAACUGUGUUUUAUCUUUUGAAAUGAUAAUGAAAAAUAAACAUAUAUUGAAAACAUGACAAAAAUGGUUGUGAUAAUUUAAGAAUGAUUUUAUUCCUUUAACAAAAUCAGAAAUGUUAACAGGGAAAGAGUCAUACAACUGUCAGACUAUAGAAUAUACUUUUUUGAACUUUACGAGUCUUAAAAAAUGUAUAUACAUCCAAACAAUAUCACUUUAAUCUGUAAUCAAUU